UAACAUGUGUUGUUGACCCACCUCUAAAGAUUUUUGCCGAAAAUAGUUUUUAAUAAUAUCUAAGAAAAAUCAUCAUGUCCGGCGUAGACGAAACGAUUGGGGACGUAGAAUCACGUCUAGAGGAUGUGAGUCUGGAGGACAUUGGCGCCCGGCAUCGCCGUGAAAGGAAGGAGCUGCAGGCAAAGUUGCAGGCCAUGAAGAAGAAUGCCCCAAAAAAUAAUAAAACCAAACGGAAGGAGUUUCUUGAGGAGAUGGCCCGCUUAGAAGGAGAACUGGAGCAGCGUCACAAGGUGGAGCUGCAGGCGGCGGAAGCUAAGGAUGUGCCAGCGGAAGCGGAGGUUAAGAACCCACCGAAAAAGCCCGAAAACACGGUGCCAAAUGGGGAGGAUAACGAGGAGAAAGAGGAAGAGGAUGAGCUGCCCUCCAAUCAACGCGUGUCCAAGGCUCAAAAACGAAGGGAUAAGAAGGCCAAGGAAGCACGUGAACGUGCGGCAGAGAUAAAGACAGAGCUCCAAAACGCUGCCAAUCAGCCAUCCCCCAAGUUAAUCGAACUCCAGCAGAUCACAACGAAGUUAGCUCAACGGCAAUUAUCCCUCCAUAAUAUAGCAUCCGAUGGAGACUGUUUGUACCAGUCCAUCAGGCAUCAACUUAUUGUAAAUGCGCUGCCAGGUCAUAGUGUUCAGGAAUUGAGAGAAGAGACGGCCAACUAUGUGCGCGCCCACAAAGACUCGCUUAUUUCCUACAUGGUCCAUCCAGAAACGGGCGAUCUCCUCGACGACCAACAAUUCGAAAAGUACUGCCAGGAUAUAGCCAAAACUCACGCCUGGGGAGGCCACAUCGAACUGAAGGCUAUAUCCUCGCUCCUUCGAGUGCCCAUUGAAGUCAUCCAAGCGGAGGGAGCACCGACACUCCUGGGACAAGAGGAGUUCGGUGGAUCACCUCUGGUCAUUUGCUACCACCGCCACAUUUAUCAACUCGGCGCCCACUACAACUCCACAGUGCCAGUCGCCUAAAUGAUAAACCCUAAUGACAUACAUAAUUCAGUCGAUUUUGUAACAGUUUUUUAUUAUUACAUAUUUGUUGACUUUAUAAAUACGUAUGCAUUUGGAA